UUCACUUGCACUCGAGUUAGUACGAUACAUGUUUACAUUCGCAACAGCAAAAAUGUCAGCGGGUAACUCAAGAAUGAAUUUGGAUGAUGAGCCCUCAGCGUCAGGAAGAUCUCGGUUAGCUGGAGCAAGGACUAAGCCGUCCAAACAGACCUCUGCUGAUGACAUCCGCACUAAAGAAGAGCAAUACAAACGACUAAAUGAGGAGCUUGAAGCCAAGACUGCUAACUUGGUACGUGAAGCAGAGCAAGUCAUGCGGGAGCAGGAAGCUGCACUAUCCAAGUCACGCUUGCUGGACAACAUCAACACAGAGGAUUUCCUCAAGGAAUUUGACGAAGACCUCACCGGUCCAAAUGAAGAUACACAGAGGAAGCCUUCAAGUCGUCCAAAUUCCAAGUUGAGCAUUAAAGACAGUCGGCCGGCAUCACAGAACAAGUCUUCUGCCAGAUCAAAGUCGAAGGAAUCCAGCAGAUCAAACACUGUGGAGAAUAAUGCUUUCCUAACAGACUUUGUGAACCUGUCUCUCACGGAACGGAUACACCAGAUGGAGCAAACUCUCACAGAAGAUGAUGACCCUGACAAUGAUAUCUUGCCACACACUGCUGCAGACAUGGGGACAGAAGCCACAAUCCGCUUCCUGAAAGCCAAGCUGAGGGUAAUGCAAGAAGAACUAGACCGAUUGUCACAGGAGACACGCAACAAAGAUGAAGAGUUGAGGCAGGUCAUCAACCGUAUGCGGGAUGUGGAGGAGGAGCGUGGACGACACAUGAGGACAGUGGCCACACAACAGACACAGAUUGACAAGUACAAGAAAUUAGCAGAGGAUGCCCGGAGCAAAUCUGACAGCGUAGAGAAUCAACUGAGUACAUUGAGGAAGGAGGUUGAGCAGCUGAAGCGCAGUGAGAAGCAAGCCGCCACACGUCACAAUGCUACAGAGGUGCGUCUCAACCGGGCUCUGGAGGAAGUGGAGAGAUACAAGGAGCAGCUGCAAAAGUCAAAGUCCGUCUCUAAGGAUGUCAGUGACAGUGAAAAAAAGCGUGUUGAGCAUCUGUUGGCUGAGAAGAAGAAGCUGGAGAAACAGAAGAAUGAAUUGAUGGCAGGCUUCAAGAAGCAACUCAAACUCAUUGACAUACUGAAGAGACAGAAGAUGCACAUUGAGGCAGCAAAGAUGCUACAAUUCUCUGAAGAAGAAUUUGUGAAGGCUCUCGAAUGGGGAAACUGAAAAUCCAAUGAGUUUAUCAACACAUCUGCUGAUACGGGAAAGCUUUUAUUCCGUGAAGGGUGCACAGUGCCUCCGUCACCUACCAGUUCAUGAAGCUGAGUUUAGACCAGGGAGCAACCAGGGGCAGACUCUGAAACAAAGGCACUUGUCAUCAACUUACUUGGUGCGAGACAUCACUGCAAUGUAUAUAAGUUUUGAAAAAAUAAACUGUGUACAGUUGUC